GGCACCAUGGGGCUCGGCGGCGGCCCGGAGUCGCUGGUGUCCCAGACCGCGGCCUCCCACGGGAACGCCUUCUCCUACUGCGUCCCGACGACGGCGAGCGACUCCGGGUUCUUCGUCCUCGGCGCGCCGGCGCCGGGCGCCCGCGGCGCGUUCGUGACGACACCCUUGCUCCGGAACCCGCGGGUGCCCACGUUCUACCGCGUGCUCCUCCGGGACAUCGCCGUCGGCGGGCGGCGGCUCAACGUGCCCGCGGCGGCGCUCGCCGCCGGCUCGGUGGUGGACUCGCGCACGGUGAUCACCCGGCUGCCGCCGACGGCGUACCAGGCGCUGCGCGCGGCGUUCCGGGGCAGGAUGGGCGCGUACCGCCCGGCGCCGCCCAGGGGCAGCCUGGACACCUGCUACAACUUCGCCGGCGUCUUCGUCGUGAGGGUCCCGAGGGUGGCGCUGGUGUUCGACGGCAACGCCGUCGUGGAGCUGGACCCCUCGGGGAUCCUGUUCAACGACUGCCUCGCCUUCGCGCCCACCAGCGGCGACGGCCUGCCGGGCGUCAUCGGCAACGUGCAGCAGAGGACCAUCGAGGUGCUCUACGACGUCGGCGGCGGGGCCGUGGGGUUCCGCCGGGGCGCGUGCUGAUGAGCGCCCCCGGCGAGCUACUGCAGGCUGCUGCCAGCCGCCCGGCUACGUACCAUGUCCCGCUGAACUUCUGCUAUCUACUACUAGUACUACAAUUUGGCAUUUGGCAUUUCAUAAUGUAUUUCUAGUUUAAUUUGUACCACCACUACUAGUUUGUCGACCAAUAAUUCCAGCAUCUGC